UAGGUAUAAGUAUAUUUAAGUCCAGUGGUUUUUAUAGAAUGGUUUCAGUGCUAUUAUAAUGUAAUUUAUUUAAUUACUUAUAAUUUUCUGUGUAGUUAAUAAUAAUUAGUUUUCGCAACUAGUACCCACAGAGUACAUUGAGUACUUAAUAAGUUUUUGAUUUUAUAGGUGCCGUAGUUUUACUUAGUUUUCUUUAACUUUAGAUAGUUUAAACAUUAUUAAACCCACAAAACUAAAGAUUUGUGCCUUAUAGUGUUUAAAAAUAAAGAAAAAUGAAAGUAUUCCUCCUACUAGUGCCCCUGUAUAUUGUUGCGGCCCUAGUGCUGGGUGCAUCUAUCACAGCAGGGAUUUUUGUAGUGCACGUAGUUAUAGCACCACUAUUGUUCAAAUAUUCCAAAACAUUCCGGAGAAACCUCAUUUUUCUUAAUAUAGCAAAAUGGCCUCUAAACGUAGACUACGACGACCCCUCAGCCAGCGGUAUCGAGGGUGGGAGAAACUUCAACAUCGAAUACCAUUCCAAGGUCGACAAUUGCAAGAUAAAAAUUGGUGUAUGGCACAUUCUGCCAAAGAGUUUGUAUGAGAAGCAUAAAGGCAGCUUCGAACCAAAUGUGGAUAAAGAGAAUCUGAGUGCAACCCUGGACGCAGAGCUACUUAACUCUAAGCUACCCAUCAUGAUCUAUUGUCAUGGUAAUUCAAACACUCGUGCAGCGGCGCAUCGGGUGGUGUUGUACAAGUUUUUCCAAAAAAUGGAUUUCCACACAAUCGCCUUUGACUAUAGAGGAUACGCUGACUCAACCAACGUGUUGCCAACGGAAGACGGCGUGGUGGAGGAUUCCUUGAUAGUAUAUGACUGGUUAAAUACCAUCAUAAGCAAAGCAGAUACUAAACCACCGGUUUUUGUAUGGGGACAUUCCUUAGGUACAGGCAUUUCGUCGCAUCUUUUAGGCAACCUACAAAGGUUGUCAAGGGAUAUUCUAGGACGUUCGGACCCCCUGCCUUUACCUAAAGGCCUGAUAUUGGAGGCCCCCUUCAACAAUCUGGCAGACGAGGUCAAAUACCAUCCACUAGCUAAGUUGGUGCGAUGGCUGCCUUACUUCGAGAAUUCCUUCGUGUCUCCAUUCCUCUCAGCUCCGGAGCAUGAGUUUAAAUCGGAUUUGCAUUUAACUCAAAUCCCGGAUCUGCCAAUUUUGAUACUGCAUUCGCGGGAUGACGUCAUAGUUCCGCAUUAUGUUGGGAAAAAGUUGCACGAGGCGAUACUGCAGUCUAGGCAAGACGGGCAUGUACCAGUCACGAUGCAUUCCAACCCCAGCAGUGUUCAUGAUAAGAUUCUAUUACAACAAAGAAAUUCGCUUCUAGUUAUAGCUUUAUAGUGACCAACUUUUCUCACUAGUAUUAUAACGUGAUACUACAGUUCCACGAGGCGAUACUGCAGUCUAGGCAAGACGGGCAUGCGCCGGUCACGCUGGAUUCCUACCCCAAGCAGUGUUCAUGAUAAGAUUCUAUUACAACAAACAAAUUCGCUUCUAGUUAUAGCUGUAUAAUGACCAACUUUUCUCACUAGUAGGU